UUUUAAUUUAAUUAUUAAUUUUUGUCACCGAGCCUCUUCCUCGCUGCUGAUGAAUUAAAAUCGGAGUGGGAGUUUUGAAAUCUGAAAUUAUCGAAAUGACAUCCAAUAACCCUUACGAAAUCAUAGACGAUGAUGAUGAGGGGUUUGAUUGGGAAGCAGCUGCAAGAGAAAUCGACGUCGUUUGCCAACAAAGCAAGUGUGUUAGCAGCAGUGGCUGUGAUGCAAAGGGGAAGGCGAAGGCGAAGGGAAACAAUGGCGACUCAUCCCGGCAAUCCACUCUCGAUCAGUUUGUGGUCACUGCCAAGAAGGAAGCCCCAGUGCUUCAGGCCCAACACGAAGAAGAAGAAGUCCCAACGUCCGCCUCCAUCCACCACAUUGAUGCCGACGCAGCCAAAACUUGGAUAUACCCUGUUAAUGUUCCUCUCCGUGACUAUCAAUUUGCCAUCACGAAAUCCGCACUUUUUUCAAACACAUUGGUGGCAUUGCCAACAGGAUUAGGCAAGACACUCAUCGCUGCUGUUGUUAUGUAUAACUACUUCAGAUGGUUUCCUCAAGGAAAAAUAGUCUUUGCUGCUCCUUCUCGACCACUUGUCAUGCAGCAGAUAGAAGCAUGCCAUAAUAUUGUUGGAAUACCCCAGAAAUGGACAAUUGAUAUGACGGGUCAAAUAAGUCCUCCCAAAAGAGCUUGUUUUUGGAAAACAAAGCGGGUUUUCUUUGUCACCCCACAAGUGUUGGAGAAAGAUAUUCAUUCUGGUAUAUGCUUAGUAAAGUACUUGGUGUGUUUGGUUAUUGAUGAAGCUCACAGAGCUACAGGAAAUUACUCUUAUUGUGAAGCUGUUCGUGAGCUGAUGGCUGUACCAGUGCAACUUAGAAUAUUAGCAUUAACUGCAACCCCAGGAUCAAAGAAGCAGACAGUCCAGCAUGUUAUUGAUAAUCUUCAUGUCUCCAAGCUUGAAUAUCGCAGUGAGGUUAACCAUGACGUUAUUCCAUAUGUUCAUAACAGGAAGAUAGAGUUGGUAGAGGUUGCAAUGGGCCAAGAUGCUGCAGAAAUAAAUGAUAAGCUUUUGGAUGUCAUUCGUCCAAUAGUAGCAAGGCUUAAUGAUAUUGGGGUCAUUCAGAAUAGAAAUUAUCGUACUUUGAGCCCUUGUACGUUACUUGAAAUAAGGGAAAAGUUCCGUCAAGGACAUAGGCAAGACCUUUCUAAUAUCAACAAUGUAGAUGUCGAAGGGUAUUUUGGGGUUCUUAUCACUCUUUAUUACAUCCAUAAGCUACUUUCAAGUCAUGGAGUAAGGCCAGCACAAGAAAUGCUUGAAAGAAAAUUGAAGCAAGGAUUUUUCGCAAAAUAUAUGAGUAAAAAUGAAGUUAUGCUGAAAGCAAGGCAACUGAUGCAGCAAAGCUUGUCUCAUGGAGCAUCUAGUCCUAAGCUCUCCAAAAUGCUAGAAGUACUACAUGAUCAUUUCAAAACCAAUGAUCCCAAAAGUUCAAGGGUAAUUAUCUUCUCCAAUUAUAGAGAAAGUGUCAGGGACAUUAUGGGUGCACUUGGAAACAUUGGGGAACCAGUCAGAGCUACAGAGUUUAUUGGUCAAAGUUCAGGGAAAGCAAUGAAAGGUCAGUCCCAAAAAGUUCAACAGGCUGUGCUGAAGAAAUUUCGGUCCGGUGCCUACAAUGUUAUUGUUGCUACAUCAAUCGGUGAAGAAGGUCUAGAUAUAAUGGAAGUUGAUCUUGUCAUAUCUUUUGAUGCAAAUAUUUCACCACUUAGAAUGAUUCAGCGAAUGGGAAGAACUGGAAGAAAGCAUGAUGGACGAGUUGUAAUUUUAGCUUGUGAAGGGUCAGAGUUGAACGGCUACUUGCGGAAGAAGGCAAAGAGCAAGAGUAUAAGUAAACACAUGCGAAAUGGGGGUGUAGAUAGCUUCAACUUUCAUCCUAGUCCAAGAAUGAUUCCCCAUGUCUUCAAACCUGAAGUUCAAUAUGUUGAGAUGUCAAUUGAGAAAUUUAUUCCCCGUGAAAAGAAUGUGAAAGAUGUCCCUCUUCCAAUUUCUCCAUCCAAAGAUAAACUCACUGUUGCUGAAAUGGAUUUACUUAAAAUGUAUUUCCAUUCUACUGAGGAAAAUACAAGUAGAUUGUCUCUCAUUGCCUUUCCUUACUUUCAAACCUUUCCUUCUAGAGUUCAUAAAGUCAAGCAUUCCCUUAGAACAAUGAUGCUUAUAGACGCAAUGCAGCAUUUGCAAGGAUUAGAAACGUGUCCAGGAAAUGACAAAACUACUCUUCAGGAAGGUUCGUGUUUAGGAAAUAGCAAGCCGUUUUCCAUUUCUGUGGCCAAACAUGACACUGAAUCAUGCUAUAGGCAUACAAUGGAAAGGAAUGUUGACACCAUAAAUUGUAUGAACUUGGAUUCCCAUCCUUUGAGGAUUAAAACCAAAGAUACUAUUGAUCUAACUAUACAAGAAGAUAGUACUUUCGAUGACUUGAUUGAGCAUGAAGAGGAUUCACUCCAGGGUGAUGAGAUAGUUCCCGAGACUCCGGUUGCUAAUAAAAGUGCAUCAAAUGGAGGAGAUGAUGCUGGUGAAACGACCAACCUUGUGGUCAAGACUUCAUUGUUUCCAGAAGAUGUAUGCAUUAAUGGCAUUAGAGAAGGAGAAUUUAGUCCUCGCUUAACUGAUUUCAUUACAAGUGGUGUUGUUCCAGAGUCUCCAGUUGAUGAUGAACAAGAGAAAUCAAGAGGCAAGUCUGUAAUUCGAGACUGUAUUUUGCCUGUUCGACUCCACGAAGAACAGGAUACGAGUCCCUUGAGUUCUAUGCGAAGUGAAAAAGUUGUAAUUGAGGGCAGUACUGGCAAGAAUGUCUCUAAUUCUCCAGUAGAUAAUGGAACUCGAACUCCUUUACUUGAGCUGAAGAAUUCUGCAAUUAAAAGACGACGCAUCAUUAUUUCCCAAACUGAGGAAGGUCACUCACACAUGUCUGACCCAAGCUUCAGGGAAGAAUCACAUUUAAGCUCUGGUAAAAUGCCUGGAACUGCAAGCAUUCAACCUUUGCGCAAAUUUAAAAGGUUGCGGAAAGCUGCAGAUGGUGACGGCAAAGCUAAUCAGGAAAACAAUGAUCCCAUCCGAUAUAAGCAUGUUCAAAGUCAUUUUGGUAAAAGGAAAUCAACGAAUGAUGUGAGAGACUUCAUUGAGGAGGAAGCUGAGGUCUCUGCAGAGGCAAAUGUAUCUAGUGACGAAGAUGGAGAAGAUGAUGUUUCUUAUGACAGUUUCAUUGAUGACAGGACAAAUCCUAUAGGAGAAAGUCAGCCUGAAGUUAGUAGAGUGGACAUGAUGGCAAUUUACAGGCGUUCUUUGCUUAGUCAAACGCAGAUAAAUGGAAGUUACAGCUCUUCUGCCAUGUUCAGCCCUGACAGUGUGACUAAUGGAAGUGGGAGCUCUUCAGGCAAGACAGUAAUGAGUCAUGUUCAUGGCAACUGCAUAGACAAAGAAAAAGUGCCAUCAACUAGUUCCCUUACAGGAAACGUUACAAGUCGUAAAAGAUUAUCCCUUUAUCAUUCAGGAGGACACCUUCCAACUAUGAACCUUGAACAAGAAUUUGCACUUCAAUCAAAGAAAGACUUGGUGGAUGCCCCUGAUUUUACUGUGGAUUAUCAAUGUGAUGAUCAAUUUUAUAACGACCUUGAUCUUGAUGAGCUGGAGGCACAAGCAAUCUCACUUCAUAAAAAGAAAUUAAGUUUGUCAACUCAGAAGCAAGAUGCAAUCCCUCUACCUCCCUCUCUGAAGGAAGAUAGCUUUUGGGCUCCAUCGUUUGACCUUGGCAUAUGAGAAACAAUUGAUGCAGCUUGCUACUUCUGUUUUGUAUAUUGGUUAGAUUAGAUAAAUCUUUAUGAUUCACCUUUCUGUAUAUUCAUUUAUGCGGAUUCACGCCCCAAUGUUGUUUGGCUCCCCCUCUUAUGGACAUUGCUAAGGUCAAUUGCGACGGGAGUGUUUUUACUGAUUGGUAUUUGGCUGGCUUUGGUUGUGCAAUUUGUGAAGCGCAAGUAGAUGGAUCAAGGGCUGUUUGGGUUACUGUCACAAAUUAAUGUCUUACAUAGUGAGCUAUUUGCAAUUUGAGGAGGUCUGGUGCUGACUAGGGCGUCUGGCCUGAGGAGAAUCUCGUGUGAAAGACAGCAUUGAUGCUUUCUCUUUGGUUAACAGUACUGAAGAUACAUGAGCUCUUAUGUGAGAAUGGAAGGUUAUCGUCAAGUUCAUUCAGCACUCCGCUGCAUGCUUAGGACGGCUGAGUCCACAGGUUCCAUAUGUAGCCCAGACUGCUGUCGAGGCUCAUGUGGCUAGCGAUCUGGCCUCUUCGGAUUCCCAAUGUUGAUAUGGUGAUGAAUUAUAAGCACAACAAAUGGACAUCAUAUCACUAGGCUUUUGGUUAAUGCAAUACAGCACGCAAUAUUGUUAUUUAUCAUGAGGGAUAUUUAUUCAUUUUUACAUAAGACCAUUAUGUCUAUUCAUCUGUAAUUAUAGUUAGUUUAUUACAAAGAUGGAUAUCAAUAUUUUCCUAGUGACACUAA